AUGGUUGUGGAGAACUCGUGCGAGAUGCGAAGCCCCGCGCGCCUCGCAGGAGCCCACUCGCUGCUUCGCCUCCUCCCUGUCUUUGGCUCUUUCAGCAAAAAGCACAAGGGUGAUUCGCCUCAGAGAGCCUGCCAAGACUCCGCGUCAAACCGUACACAGACGCUUGCGCCGUCGCCUUCUACUUCCUCCAGUGUCGCUCCCGCGGAGUCUGAGUCACGGACUCCCUCUGUGGUUCUCGCCAGUGCGAGUGUUCGGCGAUUGGACUUGUGCCGCAGCGUGCUGGAUUUGGACGUCGAGUGCAUGCCUUCCGACUUUGAAGCAAUUCGUAGCUUCGCAAAUCCCCCAACAAUUUGCGACACGAACAAGGUGGGGGGCGCUGCAGAGCCUGAGAGCGACGGUGGGCAGACGGGUGUCGUGUCUCUUGACGAAGAAGCGCGUUUCCUUGUGAAACUCGUGGCGGAAAGCGAAGCGGAACGGGCUCAAACAAAGGCACCCAGCAAGUUCCCAUCGUCUGUGGGGUGGGGAGCGGAGGUCUACGCUCUUAAAACGGCGAAUGGAAAGGCUCGAAGCGUAGCUAGAGGAAUCUGGAACACUGACGAGGCUUCUCUCAAUCCUGCGAAUCGAGGGCCGCCUCGAGACGAGGGUGCGGACUCAGUCCAUACGUUCGUCAUCGGAGCUGACACCGUUGUCGACCUGGACGGGCAGAUUUUGGAGAAACCCAAAGACGAGGAAGACGCACUGCAAAUGCUCACACGCUUGAGUGGACGAACGCAUGCGGUCCACACAGCAGUCUGUCUUUACUCUCGACAAGGUGGAGCGGAACGUCCUGUGGCUGCUUUCGUUGAAACGACGAAAGUGACAAUGGUGGCUUUCGGCCACGAAGACAUCAAGGCGUACGUACGUACCGGGGAGCCGAUGGACAAAGCAGGCAGCUACGGCAUCCAAGGCAUUGCCGGCCAGUUCGUUUCUCGAAUCGAGGGAUGUUUCUUCAACGUUGUAGGCCUGCCGGUGACGAGGCUUGCGGAGGCUCUCCUUGACCUCUGGCGACGGUCGUUGAUAUGA